AUGAUUGCCAAAGGCUUGAUCUAUUUGGCAAUAACAUACUUUGCCAUUAAUGUUGCAGCUUUCGACUCAAGCUCAUCACAAAACGUUGCUGUUUAUUGGGGUCAAAAUUCAGCAGGCUCCCAGGAAGCACUAUCAACAUAUUGCGAUAGUGAUUCCGUUGAUAUUGUUAUUUUGAGUUUUCUCUAUGGUUUUCCAGAUUUAGCAUUGAAUUUUGCAAAUGCGUGUACAGAUUCUUUUUCUGACGGUCUCUUACAUUGUCCCACAAUUGCUGAAGAUAUCAAAUCGUGCCAAGCUGGUGGAAAAAAAAUCUUGUUGUCUCUAGGAGGAGCGACUGGGUCAUAUGGUUUUACGUCUGAUUCGGAAGCUAAAGAGUUUGCCACAACAUUAUGGAACAAGUUCGGAGGCGGCUCCGAUGAUGAAAGACCAUUUGACGACGCAGUUGUUGAUGGAUUCGACUUCGAUAUCGAGAACCUGAACCAAGUCGGAUAUGCUGCGUUAGCCAGUGCACUUAGAAGCUCAUUUGAAAAGGAUGAUUCGAAGGACUAUUACUUAUCGGCAGCCCCACAAUGUCCGUAUCCCGAUCAGUCAGUAGGAGAUUUAUUGGAAAAUGCCUCAAUUGAUUUUGCUUUUAUCCAAUUCUAUAAUAAUUAUUGCAACUUAGGUACUAAUUUUAAUUGGGAUACGUGGCUGGACUAUGCUACAAAUACCUCCCCCAACAAAAAUAUCAAGCUUUACUUGGGAUUGCCAGCGAGCCAAUCAGCUGCCGGUUCCGGUUACGUAGCAGCAUCUGGAGUACAAGAAUACGUCGAUAAAAUAAAAUCUGAUUCGCAUUUUGGAGGUAUUUCUCUAUGGGAUGCAUCUGCUGCUUGGGCUAAUACCGAUAAUGGAGACACAUUUGCAGAUCAAAUGAAAAGCUUGUUAGAUACAUCAUCAAGUGCCACAUCGAGUUCAAGUACCUCGUCGAAAGCUCGCAGUACCACUCUGAGCUCCAGCACUUUGAGUGCCACCUCCAGGGCCACGACUUCCAGCAUUACCAGCUCUAGUACUAGCAGCAGUAGUACUUUAAUUAGUACUACUAGCACUGGCAGCACUAUUUCCAAGGCAACUAGCUCUAAGAGCAGCGCCAGCAGUGGCACUACAUCCACUACCACAUCUAGUACCACAUCCAGUACAACGCCAAUAAAAUCAAGUAGUGAUAACUCUCAAGUCAAAAACUCUUUACUGUCAACUAGCAGUGUUCCAACAACUUUGAGCACGGUACAUGCGAAAGAACCAACAACAGAACAAACAGGAGGGUCACAGGAGAGCGAUGCAACUACUAGCCAUGAAAAUAGCAGUGAGCUCAAAAGUCAGACAACGAAAACCACUUACUCCACGAGUAGUGGAUUUGGUGACAACUCACAUGAGAGUUUGUCAACUUCUAAGCCAUCUUCUGGAAGCGGAGACACUCGUAAUACUCAAACGAAAAUCAGAAGGUAUCACACAAGAAUUAGAUGCUAA